AUUUAAGAUAUUUUGGAUAAUCAAAUGAAUCUGAUUUACCUGAUUUGCUUCAACAUCAUUGUUGGAAACCCAAAAACCCAAAAUUGAAAUCCAAACAUUUAGACUUUUGUUUCAUUUUGAAUGUUUUAAUAGUCAAAUCUAAUGAAAUGUAGUUCUGUUAAUCAACAAUUUAAUAAGCAAUGGAUUUAGUUAACAGUAAAAGAGCAAUAUUUAUGGCUAAUAAAGUGAUGAUUGUUGUUGUUGAUACAAAUUAUGUUUAGUCUUGGCUUUAAAAAUGAUUUAAUUUGUAGCUUUGAUUGAACAUGGAUGGUCAAUUGCAAUGAUUUAAUGGUGAUAAUGAUGAGGAUAAAAGUAGCAAACUAAUAGCAACACCGAAUUAUUAAUAACCACAAAACUGGUCACAUAAAGCAAUUUAUUCAUGAUUCAUCUAAUUGAAGACUUUACUUCAUUUCACUCUUCCUUUUCUCAUCCUCUUCCACUCUCUUCCUCUCUUAUCAUCAUUCCUCCUCUUUAACAUCAUCAAUGAUAAAUGUCUCAAUAAAAAGCGUCCAACACUUCAUUUUUACUUGCAUCCAGUGACCAAAUUAAACUGAAUCACUAACAAUUUCAUUGAAUUAUACAAACAUUCAAAGUAAGCAACAUUUGUUCAACAGUGGACGUUAAAAGGUUUUCAACAAAGAAAUGGCUUCUUUUCAAUUGCAUCCAGGACGUUCAGUCGGAGCCGAUAAUCCUUGUUAUGUAAUAGCUGAGAUUGGGCAGAACCACCAGGGCGAAAUGUCCAUUGCUAUGGAGUUGAUUUCAGGCGCUGCAAAAGCAGCCGUUGAUUGUGUUAAAUUUCAAAAGUCAAAGUUAACCCGAAAAUUUACUCGCUCAGCUUUGGAUCGACCUUAUGUAAGUAAACACUCGUUCGGUGCAAAUUAUGGUGAACACAAGAGAUCACUGGAAUUUACAGAGGAACAGUUUCACCAACUGCAAAGGUAUGCUCUUAAUGAAGGAGUCCAGUUUACCGCUUCUCCAAUGGACAUUGAAUCGGUCGAUUUUUUACUCUCUCUCAACGUUCCAUUUCUUAAAAUUGGAUCAGGCGAUGUAAACAACUAUCCAAUGCUGCAAUGGGCAACUCGGAAGGAUCACACUCAGCCAAUCGUCUUGUCAACUGGAAUGCACGACAUUAAGGUUAUACAAAAGUCAAUGUCAAUCAUUGCCGAUUCAACUCGAUCUUGUUGCAUCCUUCAAUGUACAAGCUGCUAUCCUUGUCCAGCUGAACAUGUAAACCUGAAUGUGAUGAAAAGCUAUCAGAAAAUGUUUCCAUUUGCUGUUGUUGGCUAUUCGGGUCACGAGUUGUCUGAUGAAGUUUCCUUGGCUGCUGUAGCAAUGGGUGCCAAAGUGCUGGAGAGACAUGUAACUCUGGACCAUUCGAUGAAAGGCAGUGACCAUGCAUGUUCCCUAAAUAUGGACCAAUUGACGGCUCUUGUCGGCAAAAUUCGUACAAUUGAAAAGGCUUUUGGUUCGUUUGAAAAGAAACGUUGUUCGGUUGAAGAGCCGUGCUACCGAAAACUUGGCAAGUCAAUUGUCACCUCAAAGGCCAUUGCUAAAGGUGAGGUUAUCGAUGAAUCAAUGUUGGACAUUAAAGUGGCUGAACCGCAAGGAAUUGAAGCUCAUUUUUAUUACCAAAUAAUUGGUCAAAAAGUAGCUCAAGAUUUGGAAGUUGAUGUUGCCAUUCAAUUGAAUCAUCUGGUUGAUUCUGGUUUUGCUUUCCAAUGAACAAAUGUUUACAUUCUUGUAUCA